UCACUAACAAUCUUAUUUGUUUUUAAAUUGCAAUCACGACGUUUACUAUAAAGCAAUUAGUGAUGACGAAAGCAAAUACAUACUAGAUCGAUAUGAAUGAACCGCAAGAUGGCAGAAAUCAGUUUGCCCAAAAGCUGAUAGAUAUCAUAACCAAAGAGGCCGUGCAAAGGAGCAAAGAUCCCCACAUCAAUACCAUUUUCUCACCAGCAUCCGUCCAGAGUUCACUGACCUUGGCAUUUAUGGGGGCAACCGGAUCUACGGCAGAGGAGCUGAGGAAUGGACUUCUGCUUGGACCAGGAGACCGCCAUCACAUAGCCCUGAACUUCGGAGAGUUCUGGCGUACGAACUGCAACUACGGCGAAAGAGGGCCCGUGUUGAAGUCCGUGAACCGAUUGUACGUCAACGAAUCCUUGGAAUUGCUUACUGAGUUCAACGAGAUUGCCAUGGACUUCUUCCAGUCGAAGGCAGAGGCGACUAGGUUCGCUGAUUCGGAGGCAGCUACGCAGCUGAUCAACGACUGGGUGGAAGAGGAGACGGAGCACAAGAUCACCAACCUGCUUCAAUCGGACGCCGUGAACAACGAGACGAGCGCCUUGCUCAUCAACGUCUUGUAUUUUAAGGGAAAGUGGCAGAAACCCUUUAUGCCGGAAGCCACAUCGAUUGAUCACUUCCACAUAGACCGGGACACUCACGUGGAGGUGAAUAUGAUGUACCAGGAGGACAAGUUCAGGUUCGCCGAACUGCCACAGCUGAAGGCUCGGGCUGUGCAACUGCCCUAUGAAUACUCAAACAUUCACAUGCUAAUCCUGCUACCCAACGAAGUAACCGGUCUGCAGGAGUUGGAGCGGCAACUCAAGACCACGGAUCUAGCCGACAUUGAUGCAGCUCUGACUGUGCAGGAUGUGGAGAUCUUCCUGCCAAGGAUGUGCGUAGAGUACGACGUGGACCUCAAGCAGGUGCUUACUCAGCUGGGAAUUGUGGAAGUCUUCAGCGAUAAGGCCAAACUAGAUGGGCUCUUUACCUCGCGCAGCGGCCAAAAGAUCUCGGCGGCAAGGCACCGCGGCUACAUCGACGUAAAUGAGGCAGGGUCGGAGGCAGCAGCAGUCAGUUUCAUGAAGAUAGUGCCAAUGAUGCUCAACAUGAAUACGAAGCACUUCAAGGCAGAUCACCCGUUCGUGUUUUAUAUACGAAACCCGCAGGCCGUCUUCUUCGCCGGCCGAUUCUCGAACCCCAAGUCUGGAUCAGGAGAGCAGGGCUUGUCCAGGGAAGGUUCCGAUGCCAGCAUGUACAAUCUCUAGGAACAGCAGUGAGACCAAAUGGAACUCAGCUAUGAAAUCCCACUAAACCUCAUUGGAUUUCAAUCUGAGAGAGCUGUGUGCGCAGUUCUCAGUAGCGUAAUAAAGGUUUGCCAGUAGGUA